CUUUGCUUCUCUAAUCUUGUUUUUGCUAUACCCAAAUUUUGGUUUCCAUUUUUUUUCUUUUGCUUUUUAUAAUUGUUAGUGGCAUUUGCCCACGCGCUUGAACCAUUGCUUAGUUCCUCACUCUCUCCCCUUUUAAAGCUUCUUAAAAAUGUGCUAAAACGGCCGCCGUUCCUUGGCGCCAUUGGCUUCUUCGCUAGCUCCGACGACGACAAAGAAUCUCUGCCUUCACCAUGGCGGCAAUCGCAGUGAGUAGAGCUUUGUUUCUAAUGGGGUUUCUUCUGUUUCUUCAAGAAACAAUGGCGGAUUGUCCCUUGAACUUGAGUGGAUCAAACUUUACUUUAGCUGCUUCUAUUUGUUCUAACCCCAAUGAAAGAGGGAAAUGCUGCCGCUAUAUCAAUGCAUUUGUUGCAGUUUCUGUUGCUCAGCUUGCUAAUGUGACUGGUGAACUAGGAGUUUCUUCAAACUUGUCUAACAUUUGCCUGCAAUCAUUGUUUGAAACUAUGGAACUGUAUGGAGUUCCUAGAAAUGCCACUGGUUUCUGUGGGGUUGGGACAAAGAUUACAGUGAAUUACACGUGUAGAGGUCGAGAAACUGUCGAACAAAUGCUGGAAUCUCCAAGUUUCUCAAAUGUUAGUGACAAUUGUGAAUUGCCUCUCUUGGAGGAAAGUGUUUGCAGGAAGUGUAUCAAUGCUGGGAUUUUGUAUCUACGUAAUCUGAUUGGAAGAGAAGACAAUAUAACGUUAAAUACUUGUCGCGACGCGACGUUUGUUGCACUUGCUAGCCAUCUUGAUACUGCUUCAGUCGUUGAUCUUGCAACAUGCUUCUUUGGAGUUCAAGGUCUUGACAAGCCUCCAGCUCCAUCCCCUUCUUUUGCUCCCCCAGAUAUUGCCCCAAGUCCAUCAGCUGCUGCAAGUCCGGGGCCAACGAUACCAGGUGUUUCCGACGAUAAAAGUCAUAAACGUCAUUCCUACCAUCUAACAUUAGUGGCGGGUAUUGGCAUUGCGGUGACCGUGUCUUCCAUAUUGAUUCUGGUCGUCUUGAUCGUGCUGAUUCGAAGGAAAAACAGAGAGCUAAAGGAUUCUGAUAUGGCAGAUGGAAAAUCAUCGAAAUUCUUGCCUUCUCGUCCCAUCAAAAAGUAUCAGGAAGGACCUUCUACGUUUAAAAAGUUCAGCUAUAAAGAGAUCAAGAAGGCAACAGAUGGAUUUAGUACAACAAUUGGACAAGGAGGAUAUGGAACGGUUUAUAAAGCUCAAUUCAGUGAUGACUUAGUGGUAGCUGUGAAGAGGAUGAACAAAGUCUCCGAGCAGGGGGAGGAUGAAUUUGGUCGAGAAAUCGAGCUGCUCGCAAGAUUACAUCACAGACACCUGGUUGCUUUAAGAGGCUUUUGUGUUGAUAAGCAUGAACGGUUUCUUGUGUACGAGUAUAUGACUAAUGGAAGCUUGAAGGAUCAUCUUCAUGGUCCUGGCAAGACACCUCUAAGUUGGCAGACGAGAAUACAAAUUGCCAUCGACGUCGCCAAUGCUCUGGAGUACCUUCAUUAUUAUUGUGAUCCCCCAUUAUGCCAUAGAGACAUUAAGUCCAGCAACAUUUUGCUGGAUGAGAACUUUGUUGCUAAGAUUGCAGAUUUCGGCCUUGCGCAUGCUUCAGAGGGCGGUUCUAUUUUCUUUGAACCCGUAAACACCGACAUCUGUGGAACGCCAGGUUAUAUGGAUCCCGAGUAUGUUAUCACGCAAGAGCUUACCGAGAAAAGUGAUAUAUACAGCUAUGGCGUGCUGCUCCUGGAAAUAGUUACGGGCAGGCGUGCUAUACAAGAUGGUAAGAAUUUAGUAGAAUGGUCUCAGGUGUACAUGGUUCCAGAUUCAAGGAUAUCGGAACUAGUAGAUCCAAGGAUCAAGAGUUGUUUCGACUUAGAACAACUCCACACAGUCGUGUCAAUUGUGAGAUGGUGCACCGAGGGAGAAGGCAGGGUAAGGCCGUCAAUUAAACAGGUGCUUCGAGUAUUGUACGAGAGUUCGGACCCGGUGCAUCAAGAGCUGGUGGAAGCUGUUGAUGAAGAAGAAGAAUAUGGAGGGAGUGAAGGAAGGCAGAGCAUGAGCAGCAGGAGAAAAGGGCAUAGAAGUGAUGUGAUUUUUCACAGUGGAGAAGGAAGGUAUCUUGCAUCUUCAUCAAGCACAACAAAGUCAUAUUGUAGUAGAAGCUUUUUGCUUGAAACCGGUUCACCACAAUCUCCUCCCAAUAUUUUCUCUGUCACAGAUCAAUUGUUUUAGAAAACAAAAAUUUAAAAGAGAACAGAGAGAUUGGAACUUCUUUCAUUUCCACAUUGAUGGUUUGUGCCAAACCAAAAUUCUUGAAAGGAUUGAAAUAUUUAGUAUUAUGUUAGCCUAUUCAAAGAUCA